UUCAAAAAUUCGACGCCCUAUGAAAGAAAAAACGAUCUCAGAAUUGUCUUAAAAAUGUACAACAACUUAGAUUUAAGCGCUUUGAGCAUCGAAGAUAUCGUCGAAGAGUACAAAAUACUGCAUGGACGCCAUGAGCAACUAAAGCAGCUCCACCAACAGUUGAAGGAGCACAGCGAGGAGGAUGCCCAGCGUCUACACGAGCUCAAGCGCAGCCUAGAUACCUCGUUGGCAGCUGAGCGAUAUCUUACCCAGGAGCUGGAGCAUCUAAGCGCACAGGCACAAGCUUCCUCCCCAAGCGACGAGCCACGCCUGCAGCAGGAAUUGGAGGAACUGCGCCGGAAAUACAGGAAUCUACAACUGGAGCAUGAAACCUUGCAACAGAAUUACGAUGCCAAGGUCGAGGAAACUGGCAGCCUUCAGGCAAAGCUGGAGAGUGCAGCACGCGACUUGGAAGCGAAUGCCUUGCUGAAAGCCAACAGCGCAGACGACGAAUUUAUCGCUCGUUUAAACGCGUUGGAGCUGGAGAAUGCUGAGCUAAUGCAAAAGUUGGCCGAAUACGACGAUGCCAAAGUGAAAAAUACUUUUGCUGUAGCAGAGCAGGAGAAAACCAUUGAGAUAUUCAAGGAUAAAAUUGACUGCCUGGAGCAGAAUCUGCGCGGCAAGCGGGAUGAGCUGGAGGAGAAGGUACAGCUGCUGGAAAGCGCGCAGGAGCAGCUAGUGGAAGCCAAUGCCAAAAUCGCUUUGCUCACGAGUGCACCAGAACACAAUGAUCGCAAAGGUAAUUCUCUGUUUGCCGAGGUGGACGAUCAGCGGCAGGCCAUGAAGCAAUUGCUGGCUAGCCAAAAGAAGAGCUACUUGGACAUGAAAAAGAUAUUCAAUGAAAGCAAAUAUGAAAUACACCGACUCAAGCGAGAGAACAUUGCCAUGCACACCGAGCUGCAAGCGUGCAGCACGAUCUUCUGCAGCGCCGACAAGACCUAUCAGAAUAAGCUCAAUGAACGCAUUCGCCAUUUGAUGCAGCAGAACGCCAAGCUGGAGCGCAAUCUAAAUGUAUCGCAGGAGCGUCUGCGCGAGUUGGCCAGCGAGAAGUCGGUCACUUGGCUUGAUUCCAUAUUGGACUUUUGCAAACGCGAAACGGACGAGCUGAAGGCCCAACUGCAUACCAUGCACAUCCAAAAGGCCACACUUGAGGAGCAGAUGCGCAAUGUGCAACAGGAAAUGGCACGCUGGCGCUUUGAGUCCCUAAAGUCGCGCUGCGUGCUCAUUGAUCGCGAGAGCCUGCUGACGGAGCACAAGAUUACCUUCAAGCCCAUGCAGGCCAUGGAGUUUGAUAUUAAGGAGGCCCAGCUACAAGCAGCCUUGCCGCGCAUUGUCAGCGUCAUGCCCACACCAACAGCUGUUGACAGUCCAGCUAACGUGACAACUCAAUCCGAAAUCAUAGUCCUGGAUACGCCGCUAAAACCGAGCGCGGUGUGCACCAAUCUGCAAACUGAAGUCAUCGUUUUGGACACUCCACUUAAGAUUGAUCAGCAGCAGGAAUAUCAGCCCGUCGUUAAAAUUGAGCCGAACCCCGAGAAGCAACCAGCUUAUCCCGCGGAUGCACAGCAGCGGGCGGAGCACUUGCAAGUCAAAACUGAAACAGAUGAGGUUGAUACAAACGAGCCGCUGAAUGCCGCUGCCAGCCCCAUUAAGAAGGGCUCGCCAGUCAAGCCACAUUUUGGACAUAUUAAAGUUAAAAGUGAACAGCAGCUGAUGUCGCCUAAAGUAGAGCCUGACGAACUAGACCAAGCAGCUGACCAACUGGUGCCUGCAAAGCCCCAGCGCAAGGGCACUCCCGUCAAAUUAAGCCAAAUUAAAGCCGAACGUUUUGAGCACGAGCAGCAAGAUGUGCCCACGCCCGUCAAACCACAGCGCAAGGGCACGCCAGUAAAGCCCAAAGAAGAACACAUUGAAAUGGACGGAAUUUGUGAGGCCAAACCCCUGCGCAAGGGCACACCAGUUAGAGUUAAGACUAGUGCCGUGGACGUUGUGCUCCAACAGGAAGCAGCCGCCCACUGUCCUGUCCGCUCCAUACUGACUAAAAGGCGCGAUUUGUUUGCCGAGGAUACACACAAGUAUGUGCAAUUUAGCAGCAAUGAGCCCACCGUACACAAUCUGAGCCAGGACCAAUGCAGUCCGGCCCUGGGCAACAAGGAGAACGCACAGCCUGUUAUCCAGGACAUAAAGCCACCCAAAAAGUCGCAGAACAUUAUACGCCGUAUUGUUGUGUCAUCCAAAAAGCCAGCUAGCUCCUAAAGUAUAAAACUGAUGCAU